AAACUUUAAUUUGUAAAAAGUUUCUUUUUUACAAAUUAUCUUAAAAAUUAAUUUGACAUACGCACAUAAACUUUUUUAAAUUAUAUCACUAGAAAUAUUUAAGUAUUUAAAUUUAGAGGUGUCAGUAAUUUUCUAAUGCUUUUUCGCCGCUCUUUUCAUGCGAUAUAUCGAAUCGAGAACGAGACGUGCAUAAAUAAACAUCAUUUAUUUAUCAUUCAGAUUCAGAUUUAAUUCGAGAAGAAAUGGGACGUAGAAAAAGUAAAAGAAAACCACCAAGUCGAAAGAAAACUAUUCAGCCUUUGGACACUCAGUUUAAUUGUCCAUUUUGCAACCACGAAAAAUCAUGUGAUGUAAAAAUGGAUAAAUCGAGAAAUACUGCAAGAAUUACUUGUAGAGUUUGUUUAGAAGACUUUCAAACAGGAAUAAAUAUGUUGUCAGAACCAUUAGACGUUUAUAACGAUUGGAUUGACGCCUGUGAAAAUGCUAAUUAAUUAUUUAAAAGCUUUAUUACGUCAGGACUACAAAAACUUAUUCAAUCGAUUAUUAAUAUGAAUUUAUAUAUAUAUUUAUAUAUAUAUAUAUAUAUUGAUUUAAAUCCUGCAAGGAUAAUCAGCCCUAAACCUAAGACAUGAAAUAUCUUCUGGUCAAAGUGUUAUUUUAUUUACAUUGUUUUAUUUUUAAUAGUUUAUUAUAUUAUAAUUUUGGAGCAUCAAUCUUGCAUUGAAUUUCCAUUUACUUUUUAUUUAAAUAUAAUGAUGUUAUUACUUUUCA